AUGCUUGCCAAUCGGAAUAGCAAUAGCCCAUUUUUGGCGCUGGCUGGGAAUCUUUGUAUUCAGGCCGACUCGCAUCUCGUCUGUUUUCAGCAACCCUGUUCCGACUCCCCUAAUACUGACAUCUGGAAUUAUUGCUCAGAGGGCCCCAAUUCUGGGUUGAUAGAUUUGAAUACUUCUGACUUGCAUAAAACUGAUUAUUUCAGUGAUAUCCAGCAUCCCGGAUACUGGACCCAAGCUAUUUCAAUGGAGAACACGGAACGACGAGUGCGUACCUUCUGUUUCAGUUUAAAAUUGCAAAUUGAUAAAUGCUUGCUAUUGGAGUUUAAGUGA